AUGAGUGAACUAUCAGAAGCUGAGAAACGUCAACUCUUAAGAGAAAGAAGACAAAGGAAAUUUAAAAAUGGGGGUGCCUCUUCAAGAUUGAAUCAAAUUACUGGACAGAAUAAGGAUAGUCAGUUAAGUACAGAAUCCCCAUUAGAUGUGCAGACAGCUGCUACAAAAAAUACUAUAGAAAUGGAUGACUUAUUUGCUAAUGUUAAGAAAGCUUCAGUAGAAAAUAAGGCUAAACAAGCAGCUAUCAAAAAGAAAACUGAGAAAGAACAAAUACAAAAUCCAGUGAAUCCGGAAUUAGAAAUGUAUAAACAUCUAGCUGAAAAGACUCAGGAUGACGGUUCAUCGACACCAGAAUUUUUUUCUAUGCUCCAAUCAAUGCAACAAAGCUUUGGUGAAGGUACUGCUACUCCAAGUUCACAAGUUUUUCCUGUGGACCAAGCUAACUUAGACUACUACAAUUAUAAAUUGAAUAACAUGAAAGCUGUUUUCAUACUUAUUAAAUGGCUAGUGUUUUUACUACCUUAUAUAUAUUUUGUUACAAGACCAAAAUUACAGCAGUUUAACCAUCAAUUUUCUUUAUCUGCUUUAACUGAUUCAAGAAAUUUCUUUAUGGUGUUUUUAAGUUUUGAAAUUGUUGCUAUGUCAGCAUAUUUACAGAAAUUGAAGGGCUUACAAAAAGGUCAUAAAAUUGACCCAAUACAAAAUGCUGGUAAAUUUGCAAAUCUAAUUGGAUUAAUUCCAGAAGGUAUAUUGCCAAUUAAUAAUUUAAAAGGAAAGGCUGUUUUAUGUUUACAACAUUUAGACUUACUUUCCUUGUUUUUAACUGAUUUGGCUUUUGUCAUAAUAAUGAUUGGUAUCGUUAGCGUCUUUUGA